AUGCUGCUUCCAAGCCUAGGAGCAUAUGGCUCCAUCGCCAGGAAAAACACAAGGCUUGGAUGCCCGAUACCCGUUGAACAGCCUCAGUGUGCCAGGAGGACAAAGGGUGCCAGGGUGUGGCUGCGGGAGCAGGACCAGCUGCAGCCAUGCACUGUUGGCUCAUGUGCCGAUGGAAAUGUGCUCUUCACCUCGGAUUAUGGCACGGUAUUCCAGUACCCCAAGGCCUCCCUUUCCAGAGAAAAAGUCUUGCCAAUGCACCAGACCAGCGUUGAUGGGGUAGAAGACAUGUCCACGCUGGGAGAUCUGCAUGAAGCAGCCAUCCUGCUUAACCUGCACCAGCGCUACCAACAGGGUAACAUCUAUACAAACAUUGGUUCCAUCUUGGCAUCAGUAAAUCCCUACAAACCCAUCCCUGGUCUGUACAGUGUGGAUGCCAUAGACCUGUACAGACAGCACCGCCUGGGUGAGCUGCCUCCCCAUAUCUUCGCCACCGCUAACGAGUGCUACUGCUGCUUGUGGAAGCGUCAUGACAGCCAGUGUGUUCUGAUAAGCGGAGAAAGUGGAGCUGGAAAGACUGAGAGCACCAAGUUGCUGCUGAAAUUUCUGUCGUCUAUGAGCCAGACUUCCCUUGGGGCCCCUGCGUCAGAGAAGAGCACUCGUGUGGAAGAAGCCAUCCUGGAAAGCAGCCCCAUUCUGGAGGCCUUUGGAAAUGCCAAGACAGUUUAUAACAACAACUCCAGCCGCUUUGGCAAGUUCAUCCAGCUGCACUUCUCUCAACAUGGACACAUCCAGGGAGGCCGAGUAACUGAUUAUUUACUGGAAAAGAACAGAGUGGUACACCAGAACCCUGGAGAGAGGAAUUACCACAUCUUUUAUGCUCUGCUAGCUGGUGUGAGCGGGGAGCAGAAAGAGAGCCUCUCCCUCUCUGAGCCAGAGACUUACCGCUAUUUGAACCAGUCUGGUUGUGUGACUGAUGAAAACCUGAAUGACAUAGAGAUGUUCAAUAAGGUCAUGACUGCCAUGAAGGUGGUGGACUUCAGCACUGAAGAAAUCAGAGACAUCUUCAAACUUCUUUCUGGCACACUUCAUCUGGGAAACAUUGAAUUCAUGACAGCUGGCGGGGCCCAAAUUACAACAAAAGCGGUGCUGAACAUUGCCAGCGACCUCCUGGGCUUAGACGCCUUCCAGCUUUCUGAAGUACUGACGCAGAGGUCCAUGAUUCUGCGGGGCGAAGAGAUAAGCUCCCCUCUCACUGUGGAGCAGGCAGCUGACUCCAGGGACUCCCUCUCUAUGGCACUGUAUUCCCAGUGUUUUUCGUGGCUCAUCAGCAAGAUUAAUACAAAGAUCAAAGGCAAGGAAAACUUUAAGUCUGUGGGCAUCCUGGAUAUCUUUGGCUUCGAGAACUUUCAGGUGAAUCGUUUUGAGCAGUUUAACAUUAACUAUGCAAACGAGAAACUCCAGGAAUAUUUCAACAAACACAUCUUCUCCUUGGAGCAGCUGGAGUACAACAGGGAAGGGAUAAACUGGGAAGCCAUUGACUGGAUGGAUAAUGCAGAGUGCCUGGACCUUAUUGAGAAGAAACUGGGUCUGCUGGCUUUGGUGAAUGAAGAGAGUCGAUUCCCCAAAGGCACAGACAACACCCUUCUGGAAAAACUUCACAGCCAGCAUAUGAGCAACCACUACUAUGUGAAGCCUCGGGUAACAGACCAUCAGUUUGGCAUAAGACAUUAUGCUGGGGAGGUGCUAUAUGAUGUGAGAGGCUUUCUGGAGAAGAACAGAGAUACCUUUCGAGAUGACAUUUUGAACAUGCUGAAAGACAGCAGGCUGGACUUCAUCUAUGACCUUUUUGAAAGAGUCUGCAGUCGUUGCAGCGAAGAGACACUGAAGAUGGGCACCCAGAGGCGCAGACCGACUGUCAGUUCCCAGUUCAGGGAUUCUCUCCAUUCCCUGAUGGCCACGCUUAGUACUUCCAACCCAUUCUUCAUCCGCUGCAUCAAACCAAAUACAGAAAAGGCACCAAACCUCUUCAAUCCAGAUGUGGUGCUAAAUCAGCUCCGGUACUCAGGGAUGCUGGAGACAGUGAAAGUUCGGAGAGCAGGUUUCCCUAUACGGCGCCUUUUCCAGGACUUUCUCAGCAGGUACAAGAUGCUUGUGAAGGGGCCAAGUUUCUCAGACAACAGCAAAGCUGUAUGUGCAGGCUUUCUUCAGACCUAUGACAGCAGCAGGAAAGAAUGGCAGCUGGGUAAAACCAAGGUUUUCCUGAAGGAAGCUCUUGAGCAGAAGCUGGAGAAGGAUCGGGAAGAGGAGUUGAGGAAAGCAGCUAUAGUCAUCCGGGCCCACGUCUUGGGCUACAUGGCAAGGAAGAAGUACCAAAAGGUGCUAGCCAGUGUUGUUAUAAUCCAAAAGAACUACCGAGCGUACUUCUGGAAGAAGAGCCUGCUGCAACUGAAGGCCUCUGCAGUCACCCUGCAGAAGCACUGGCGUGGCCGCCUGGCUCGCGGCCGCUACCAGCACCUGCUGCAGCAGGAACUCAGGCGGAAGCAGGAAGUGGAGGAGAGAAGGAGGCAAGAAGAGGAAGAACAGAUCAGAAGAGAGGAAGAGGAAAGACAAUGGCAAGAAGAGGAGGAGCGUAGGAGGAAGCAGGAAGAGGAAGAGGUGAAGGAAAGAGAAAAGGAGCAACUGAACGCGCUACUCCGGGUGACUCAGGUGGAAGCAGUAAAGACUGAGGAGGUAGAUAUUCCCCUGCAAGAAGAAGAGAGACGUCAGAUGGAGGAGAUCUUAAGACUGGAGAAGGAGAUUGAGAAGUUGCAGCAACAAAAGGAGGAUCACAUGUCUAUCAUCUGUGAAAACACCAGGAAUGAAAUCAAUCGGCAGCGAGAAGAAGAGAUCCAGAGGCUGGAAAAAGAGGCAUCUAGGGUUGCCCAGGAGUUCUUGGAGCUGCUGGAUUUUGGCAAUCUGGAUGAAAGCGUGCAGAACUUAGAGCGCUCGCUUUCUAGUGAGGGGACACUCAACAUUGACUGUAGCCUGGUAGCACCACUAGCCGAAGAAGAAGUGGAUGAGGGUUUUCAUGCUGAUGAUGAGGGACAUCCAGCUUCCAGUUUGGUGGUCUUGAAUCAGCAUGGUGCAAGAAACAGCGAUAACUACUCAGAGGAAAGUGCAGACACAAACCUUUCACUUCUCCAAAGGGAAGUGGGAGAGGUUGUCCCUGCUCCAGGACAACUUGUGGAAAGAACCACUAGCCCCAAGGAGCAGAGAGCCCUAUCUGACCCAGCAGAGAGCAUUUACAGCGCUGUCUCAGAUACACAGAGGAGUAACAGCGGAGAGGUGGGAGAGACAAUUUACACUUCCCCCCCAGAUGUGGAGUCUGACUACGACCAUGAGGAGUUUGAUGGCUGUGGAGAUGCAGGUAGUGCCUCAGCUGAGCCCCUGAGUGGUGAGGAAGGUCUGAGACACUCCCAUGGUACCAGCCUGGACUCCAACCGUGGCAGCCUGGACUCGUUUCUGGACAGUGAAGAAGAAGUGGAUGUUUACAUUGAUACGGAUGAAGAGUUUUGUAAUGGACGAGUCACUAUCUUCAAUGGCUCAGGACCACCCUAUUUUCACAGCUAUCUCUACAUGAAGGGAGGUCUCAUGAACCCAUGGAGGCGGCGCUGGUGUGUUCUGAAGAACGAGGCCUUCAUGUGGUUCCGCACCAAGCAAGAGGCGCUGAAGUCAGGCUGGCUCUAUAAAAAAGGUGGAGGCAUGUCAACACUUUCACGCCGCAACUGGAAACGCCGUUGGUUUGUGCUUCGAGAAUCCAAGCUGAUGUACUUUGAGAAUGAUAGCGAGGAAAAGCUGAAAGGGACAAUUGAUAUCAGAAAGGCAAAGGAGAUUGUGGACAUUCAUGAGAAGGAGAAUGCCUUGGACAUUGUGACGGAAGACAGAGUUUAUCACAUCGUCGCAGAGUCACCAGAAGAUGCCAGUGGUUGGUUUAAUGUCCUGAGCCGAGUGCACAGCGCUACAGCGCAGCAGCUGAGGGAAAUGCAAGAUGAACAGGCCAAUCCAAAGAACGCUGUGGGAACCCUGGAUGUUGGGCUUAUUGACUCUGUCUGUGCUUCAGACAAUCCUGAUAGACCAAAUUCUUUUGUGAUCAUCACAGCAAAUCGAGUGAUUCACUGCAACAGUGACACCCCUGAGGAGAUGCAUCACUGGAUCUCCCUGCUGCAGAAGCCAAAAGGCGAAUCUAAGGUUGAUGGCCAGGAAUUCCUUGUGAGAGGCUGGCUUCAUAAAGAGGUUCAGAGCAGCAACAAGAUGUCCUCUCUGAAGAUGAAGAAACGCUGGUUUGUUCUGACAAACACUGCCCUUGAUUACUACAAGUCAUCUGAGCGCACAGCUGCCAAGCUUGGCACGCUUGUGCUCAAUAGCCUCUGCUCUAUAGUGCAGCCUGAUGAGAGGGUCUUCAAAGACACAGGCUACUGGAACAUCAUUGUCCAUGGGCGAAAGCACUCCUACAGACUGUACACAAAGCUGCUGAAUGAAGCUAUGCGCUGGGCCUCUGCCAUUCAAGGUGUCAUUGACAGCAAAGUUCCCAUAGAAACACCAACACAGCAACUCAUUCGUGACAUCAGGGAAAACAGCACGAACUUUGAAGUAGUGGAACAGACAUAUAGGAGGAACCCAAUCUUGCGAUAUACCCAGCACCCUUUGCAUUCCCCAUUGCUCCCACUACCAUAUGGAGAUGUUAGCAUCAACUUGCAACAAGAGAAGGGUUACAGCAGCUUACAGGAUGAAGCGGUGAAGAUCUUCAACUCCCUUCAGGAAAUUGAGACAGUGUCUGACCCCAUACCCAUUAUCCAAGGCAUUCUGCAGACCUGCCAUGAUUUAAAGCCACUUCGUGAUGAAGUGUACUGCCAGCUCAUCAAACAAACUAAUCACAUGCCACAUCCCAACAGCACUGGGAACCUGCACCACUGGCAGCUGAUGUCAUGUAUGAGCUGCACUUUUCUGCCCAGUAGAGGGAUCCUUCGCUACCUCAAGUUCCACCUUAGAAGGGUAAAAGACCUCUUUCCAGGCUCAGAAAUAGACAGGUAUGCACAAUUCAUAAGUGAUUCCCUGAAGAAAACAAAGACAAGGGAGUUUGUGCCCUCCCAGGAAGAAAUACAGGCUCUUCUCACCCGUGAAGAAAUGACCACAACAGUGUACUGCCAUGGCGGUGGCUCCUGUAAAAUAACCAUCAAUUCCCACACAAGCGCUGGGGAGGUGGUUGAAAAGCUGAUCCGAGGUCUAGCAAUGGAGGACAGCCGUAAUAUGUUCGCGCUCUUUGAACAUAAUCAGCAGGUGGACCGUGCUGUCGAGAGUCGGGUGAUUGUGGCUGAUAUCUUGGCCAAGUUCGAGAGACUUGCUGGCUCUGAAGAAGAAGAGGAGGAAGGACAGUGGCAGCUGUAUUUUAAGCUUUAUUGCUUCUUGGAUAUUGAGAAUGUUCCCAGAGACGGGGUGGAGUUUGCCUUCAUGUUUGAGCAGGCUCAUGAAAGCCUCAUAGAUGGUCAUUUUCCGGCACCAGAGGACACUCUGCAGCGCCUAGCGGCUCUACGGCUGCAGUACCUUCAUGGAGAUUAUUCUAAAAUAAGCUGGACCCUGGAUGGAAUCUACCCAGUUAACAGACUGAAAUCCAAAAUACUGCAUUCAACAAAGAGCAGUGGCACUACCAGUCACACUCUGGAGAGAAGGCGGACCAGCUUCCUUGAAGGGACAUUGAAACGUAGCUUCAAGACAGGCUCUGUAAAGAAGCAGAGGGUAGAAGAGGAGCAGAUGAUGGAGAUGUGGGUAAAGGAAGAGCUUUCAGCUGCUCGGGCAAGCAUAGCACAGAAGUGGACCAAGCUGCAGGGACUCUCUCAGCAUCAGGCCAUGGUGAAAUACAUGUCCAUUGUAAAGGAGUGGCCGGGUUAUGGGUCAACCCUCUUUGACGUUGAGUGCAAGGAGGGUGGAUUUCCAAAUGAUCUUUGGCUUGGAGUCAGCACGGAGAAUGUGUCUGUCUACAAACGAGGGGAUCCUAAACCACUAGAAACUUUCCAGUAUGAGCAUAUUGUUUUCUUUGGAGCGCCACAGCCUAACACCUUCAAAAUUACAGUGGACGAGAGAGAAAUGUUCUUUGAAACAUCUCAGGUGGGCGAGAUAAUAAAGAUCAUGAAAGCAUACAUCAACAUGAUUGUGAAGAAGCGCUGCAGUGUCAAAUCGGCCACCAGUGUGGACAGUCGUGCUAGCAUCUGGACUAGGUGA